AUGGUUAAGGGAACCGUUGCAUUCCUGGCCUUGACCGGCCCAGCCUUCGCUGGUGUCAUGCAGGGCCGUGCUGCCGGUGGGCCAUCGCACAAACCUGCGGCGAGCGCUGAGCCGGACGCCAGGGUCACCCUCACUACUACCUACACGACCACUGACUGUCCGGUGACCAGCUCGGUUGUCACCCAUGGCUCGAAGACCCUGACGAUCCCGAUCACCGAGACCAACACUAUCACGGUCACCGCCACCUUCUGCCCUGGCGAGGAGCCCACUCCAAUUGCCCAUACUGGCACGGGCACGGGUGUCCCUGUCCCGACUGGCACCAGCAUCCCGACAGCCAAGCCCAUCCCGACUGGCACCAGCAUCCCGACAACCAAGCCCAUCCCGACUGGCACCGGCAUCCCGACAACCAAGCCCAUCCCGACUGGCACCAGCAUCCCGGGCCGUAACACCACUGUGACCGUUUGCGAGGAGUGCGAGGAGCCCACUCAUGCUCCUAGCCCCAUCCCGCCGUUCCAGAACACUACCUUGACCGUUUGCGAGGAGUGCGAGGAGCCCACUCAUGCUCCUGUUCCCAUCCCGCCGUUCCAAAACGGCACGGUGAUUCCCGUCGUCCCAACUAGCAAGCCG